UGUUGUUGGUAUUGUUUAUAAUCAGAUCAGUAAGGUAAAAAACAUUGAUUCACCUGGCCGGAAGUUAGAUAAUUGUCAUGGCAAUUAAGGUAUAUAGCGCUUAAUUAAAAAUAAACGAUAUAGAGUAAGUUAACCAUAAAAUAUCACGGAACUAUUACAAGACUGCAGCUUACAGCAACAUAAAUAACGAAUGAAACAGUAACCACCGGAAAUCCUAGUGUUUGGAAUUUUUUUCUUUUAUACUGUUUAUAUGGCUGCUUUUGUUAGAUUUUUUAUUAUCUCCUGUUUUCUUUACAGUAAAAUAAAUUAUGUGGUCAACAUCAAUUGUUAUGCGUGUCACCGUUGUUCAUAUUUGCUAAACUUCACCAUUGACAAGUACAGUGUUGUCUCUGGCUGCAAUAAAUGUCAAACAACAGUGGAUUAUAGUGAUCCUUUUAAAGCUGAUCGCAGAUGUGUCACUUCUGAACAGGAACAGUACUUCGAUCUUUUAGAUAUAAAUUACCAAGAAGGAUGUCGCAAUAUUAGCCAAAUUCCAACUGUUGAGGAACCUAAAUUCUAUUGCUUUUGUUUAGAAAAUCUUUGCAAUAGAGCUUCAAAAGGAAAAUUUGACAUUCUGGCACUGAAAUUUUCCUUUUCACUCUUAUUAUUCUAUAUCUUAUUUUAGUUAUCCAGUCACCCAUGAAGAAUGACUCUUUACAUUAGGUAAUCCACAAGUAUUCCCAUCUUCCAAACUACAGUUGAUCCUUCUUUUGGUCACUUGCACAAAGGAUCUCUGUUAACUUUGUGGAAUUUACCUUUCCCCACUUUCUUAAUGAUGAUGGUUUUAUAAGAAGUUCUCCCAUUUGUCGCUUGCUAUACAUCAUGCUCCACACUACACACAAGGGAAAUCUCCAUUCCAUCAAACUCACCACCAUAUAUACAUACAUGCCAAGUAUGAAAAUAACUUCAGUCAUUUCAAACCAACAAGGAUACCUGCCCUGACAAUGCUCUAUUAUCUUGAAAUAAUACACCCUCCAACUUGCACCAGAUACUUCAAUCUCUCUCUUUCUCUCCCUUGGGGAAUAUCCCAAUCUUUGGAAAUAGUGUUCAAUACCCAAGAAACAUAAUACUUCUGGUUCUGGUUCUAACUACCAUCAUAUUGUACCCACUUCAAACAACUUAAUGGUGAUGGAAAUGCCUAUUAACAGCAACAUGUACCUCUCUCCUGCCUUAUUCAUCACCAGUAUGGCUUCCAUAGUUUUUUUCAUUAUAAACACAAACAAGAAACAGGACCACAUAUCUUUUGCUUGUUAGAUGACCUAACAUAUCUAUUUAUGUGAGAAAUUUAAUUCCAGGAUUCCCAGUAGAGCAGAAAUGUUGCAUUUAUGAAAAUUUUGCAUAAGCAGGUGUUCCAUAAUGCAAAACAUAUCUUUUGUUUGACUUCCAUAUACAUGGAAUCAAUAGGAAAAUUAAUUUUGCAUUAAAGAACUUCAGAUUACAAGAUAUUUUAUUAAAUACAAUGCCUCCUGUAUAAGAUAAACAUGUUUAACAUUAUAUGAACUUAGUAAUUUUGAGAGAUAUGAAGUAAAUUAUUCUUAACAGUGGAAUUUGAAAUAGGUAAAGCCAUAAAUAAAAGUAUGAAGGAUAUUAGGUUAAAAAUAAAACCCUUGGAUAAUAGAAAAAGUUGAAGGAUACCCUUCAACAUUUUCUAUCCAGUGAGUUUUUUAACAAAAUAUCUUAUAAGCUAUUCUUUAUACUUUCGUCUACUUUGGGUUCCACUCUUAAAAAUAACCAUGGUCAAACUGGGGGGAAAUGAGAUAGCCUAGCAUUUGAGGAUAAGAAAAAAACUAAUGCAAACUUAUGAAAAUGAAGAUAUUGAAGACUUAGCCCCAAGGCAUCUUAUGGUUAGUGUAUACACUGUAUUGUUUACAAUUAUGAAACAUUGCAUGUGUAUUGUAUAUUGUAGCAACACUGCUACAAUAUAUAGUUACAAGCAUGGAGGCACAAUGGCUCAAUAGUUAGGGCAGCGGACUUGUGGUCAUAGGAUCACGGUUUCGAUUCUCAGACCAGGCAUUGUGAGUGUUUAUUGAGCGUAAACACCUAAAGCUCUAUGAGGCUCCGGCAGGUGGUAGUGGUGAACCCUGCCGUACUCUUUCAUGUUUCUGUUGUACUUGUAUUUCAAAGGGCCGUCCUUGUCACGCUAUGUGUCAUGCUGAAUCUCCACAAGAACUAUGUUAGGGGUACAUGUGUCUGUGGAAUGCUCAGCCAUUUGCACGUUAAUUUCAUGAGCAGGUUGUUCUGUUGAUCGGAUCAACUGGAACCCUCGUCGUUGUGACUGAUGGAGUGCCAAAGAAGAUAAUUUACAAGCAGUGGGAAGCUAAAUCAAAGAAAAUGAUUGAAGUUAUUUGGGGAAAUCAGAUUUUGAUGGAUUUUUUUAAGCAAUAAACUCAUUCAUUAAAUAAUGACUAUUGAUUUUUAA